ACCAGCCGCGCACUUCACACAUCCUAACAAGAGUCAUUACACAGGGAACCGGAGAGUUUAGACAGAAACCCAGAGAAGACUUCAAACAGGGGAUUUACCGGAGCACACACGACACAACUCAGUCAUUAAAAGAAAUUGUGGGAUUUUAACAUAUACUAAGUUAAAUUAAGGAUACGUCUUAAUUUACAUGACCAUUUAACGUGGGGGAACAAAAAUAACUCAAAAAGUUUAGGACUCAGUGCAAAAAAACCAAAACAAUCAACAGUUACUGCGUUUAUUGAUUUAAGAACAUUUUAAACAUGUCAUGUUUCAUGUCACUCUGCCUGUGCAUUUGGGGAGCACUCGUGAUUCCUGGCAGCACAAGUGCACUGAAUGAGAACAUCGACGUGCUGGUCCUGUUGCCUCUCAAUAACACAUACCUCUUUUCAUAUGCGAGAGUUUUUCCAGCCAUUAAGUACGCGAUAGAUACCCUUGGCAAAGAAGAUGAGUUUGCGGGAUUGACAUUCACUGUGACCUAUAAUAACUCGGCGUGCGGGAUGGAUGCUCUGUACGCGCUGGUGGACAUGCAGAGAGAGGAGCGUCCCGACCUGGUCCUCGGUCCGGUGUGCGAGUACGCUGCCGCGUCGGUGGCGCGAGUGGCGUCGCAUUGGAACAUCCCAUUAAUCUCAGCAGGUGCUCUGGCCACCGGCUUCAGCACUAAAAGCGGCGAGUACUCGCAUCUCACGAGGACCGCUCCAAUUUACCUGAAAAUGGCGGAGACGAUCCAGACGAUGUUCGGACAUUUCGGCUGGAGAACGGCACAUUUGAUUUACGACGAUGAUAAAGAGGAGAGAAACUGUUACUUUACCUCGGAGGGCGUUUAUACCGUCCUAAAAGAGUACCACAUCUCCACAGAUUUCCUUGUGUUCAACUCUCAGGAAGAGAGUGUGGACGCCGACGAGAUCGUAAAGUCCGUCUAUGGGAGUGAAGUGGUCAUCAUGUGUGCUAAGGCAGACACCGUGCGAGAGAUCAUGCUGGCUGCUCAUCGACACAAAUUAACCAGUGGCAGCCACAUCUUCUUCAACAUCGAGCUCUUUAACUCCUCUUCUUAUGGGGACGGAUCCUGGAAGAGAGGAGAUAAAUAUGACAAUGAAGCCAAAGCUGCCUACAGCUUUCUCAAUACUGUAACAUUACUUAGGUCUAACAAGCCAGAGUUUGAGGAGUUCUCCUUGGAAAUGAAAAAGUUACUACAGCUAUCAGGCAUCCCUGUUUGUGAAGACUGCAGUGCUGUCAACAUGUUUAUGGAGGGUUUCCAUGAUGCUUUGCUUCUUUACGCAAUUGCAUUGCGUGAGGUGAUAAGUAGCGGUCUCACGAAAAAGGAUGGAACUGACAUCACGCACAGCAUGUGGAACAGGACGUUUGAAGGCAUUGCUGGCCAGGUGUCUAUGGAUGCCAAUGGUGACCGGAAUGGGGAUUUCUCUGUCAUUAGGAUGACAGACCCAGAGGCAGGCACGCAUGAGACUGUCAUGAACUACUUUGGGACUAAUAGAAGUUUCCAGAUCAUGCCUGGCUUUAAGAGGGAAUGGUUCUCUUUGCAAACAGCACCUCUACCCCCAAAACCAUCUGACCCAUCAUCAGGUGGACUAGGUGUAUCGGCAGUGACUGGGAUAAUAGUGGGGGGAAUUCUGGGAACUGCUCUACUCUUGGCAUUUUACUUUUUUAGGAAGAAUUACAGGAUAACCAUUGAGCGCAGAGCACUUCGAGAAGAGAGUGAUAUCGGGAAACACCGUCAGUUGCGAGAAGACUCGAUCAGAUCCAACUUCUCAGCAGCGUAGUCUGUUGAUGGAAGCCAUCUAAUGAGGUGUUCGAAUCUGGGGGAAUGCGCAUCUCAAAUGAGUAUAUGGGCUCAUCAAAAACCGUCCCAGGAACCCGGAAAUAUUUAUAUACAUGCUGUAGAGUUUUUUUUUCUCCUUGUAGAUGUCUUGCUCUUCAAUUUGUAAACUCAGGAAAGUUUAAUUAUUGUAGGAGAAGAACUUGCAAGGCUUCUCGACUCUGUAAAGAAAAAGGUCUGUUUAAUUUAGCUGCAGGCCUUGUUUUUGUUUAGUUUUUGUUUUGUUCUGUUUUCUUUUGAGGAAGUCUUUAUGGAGGCCUGUUUGUUCUGUAGAAGUGUCAGCUGACUUGUUUGGGUCAGCUGCUGGGUCGGUGGAGAGCUAUUCCUAAUGAGAUAUUGAGGACUAUAAGUCUUAAGAACUUAAGCUUACCAAAUGUACACUUUCCCCAGUGAACAAGGAGGUCAUUUUUCCUUCCUAUAGAGAAUGUCCAGUAGAACACACUGAUGAGCAUCAAUUCUUUCUUCUUCUGAGUUUUGUGUAGAUUUUGACAGAAGGCACUGAUGAAUACAAAACGGAUGUAAACUUCAAAAUGAUGUUCCUUUCUGUCAACUGUAUCUCAGCAAGCCUAGAUGUAUCACUGUGGCAGGGUGGAGGGCGGGGCCGGGUCGUGAUUCUACACACACCAUUGUCCCUUAUCGGGCUAAUCAAGCCUCCGAGAGGCACUGGCACCAGUGUAACGUUGUUCAAUGGAAAGGAGGAGGCGAGAACCAGCUUGACAAUAUAAAUUAUAUUUUAAUUAUAAACUGAAACAAAAGACACAAACACACACAUGACAGACAUGUCCGUAAACUGUCUCUCUCUCUCCACACUAUCCUCCACAGUUGGCCUUUAUCCCUCUCGGAGGCUUGACUAGCCUGAUAAGGGACCGGGUGUGUAGAAUCACGACCCGGCCCCGCCAUCCUCCUUGCCACAAUCACAUUUGCCGGUGUGCUGAAACACUGAACUAUUAAGUUUUUAUUUAUUCUUAUACAUUUUGAUUUUAAUAAUAGAUUUGAUGUUUUAGUCCCACUAAUGAUAAUAAUCUAAUAUAAUUUUAGCACAUGCCAUAUACAGUAUCAUACACGCUGCUGGGUGCCUCAUAACCAAAUGUUGUCUAAAUUUAUGUUACUGCUUUAGAUAUCGUUAAAACAACAAAGUAUGACAAAACUGACUGUUUUAAACCUAAACCAAACUGUGUCCACCCAUAUUUAUUUUUUUUUAUUAUAGCUAGAACACAUUUCACCUUUUCUUAGCUGCUGUCUUGCAGUUAUAGCAGCAAAAUAUAUUAAUGUUUUCUACUAUCAUAAUGCAGUUCAAGGCUUCACUGGAGGUCUCUUUUCUACCAUUAUCUUUGUUACAGAAGUUUCGUACAGCUAGCUCUUUACUGUUAGACAUUCUUUGAAUGCUAUAAAGAGUGGAUAAGAUUCAAACACCAGAUGAUAAAAUUGAAGUGCACUUUGUUGCAUCCAUAACCGAAACUGCAGAGACAAUUUAUUUGGUUUAAAGGUUGGAAAUGUGUUAAAAGCAUUAAAAGGCUUUAUGCAGGAAGUUAUAUAAUAGAUAUACAGUAUAGACAUGUCACAUAAUUAUUUUAUAUAUAAAAAAGCCGGUCUACCUAUCAGUGAAAGAUAUUGAAAAGCUAUGUUUAUUCGCAGAAUUUAUAUUGCACAUGUACAUUUUUGAAAUUUUUGUCUUUAGAUUGUCUUUGUCAGGACGUGGUUAUCAAUAAUCUGUCAAUGUAAUAUCAUAUAAAAUAUAUUUUUAACAUUGUGAUGAUUCAGUUUAAGAUAUGUAAAAGUGAGAUGUCACAUUUAAAACCAUUUUUAUGGUUUGUGCAUUAAAACAAUCUAGGGUUUUAUUCAAGCUUGGUAUGAUGGCAAUUGUAUACUGAUGUAAGUAAAUGUAUCAGCAUAAGAUAUGAUGUUAUUUAUUGAUAUUUUUUGUAGAGGAUUCAUUUCUCUUUUGAUUUUAACAUUGUUUCUUGUGUGAAAUAUACAGAAUCCUUUUUUGAAAGAAAAGAGUAUAUCUGCCUUGUCCAUGCAAAUUUGACCUAAUAAGUGUAUUUACAAGGCUUUGCAAACACUCAGAAGAAUUGUAACUUAUUUAGAUUAAUACAUAUUGACCAAUCAAAAAAUCAUGCUCUGUUUUUACCAUUAAACAGAGUUGUUGUUACAAUUUGUUUAUAGUAUGGUAUCCAUUUUGGGUUGAAAGCAGUGUAUUGUAAUAAGUCACUGUACAUAUUAUUUUACUUCUAAAAUAUUUUAUAUAUUAUUUUACUACUAAAUGACUUGUUAUUUUUAACCAACAGUGUGGAUAUGUGUUCUGUGAACUAGUGUCUGUAAACAGUUAAGUGGGCCAGUGGACCAUUGACUCGCCAUGGUAAAUGUCAUAGCUGUGGUCUGAAAUUCCUUAUAGAUCUCCAAGAGGGUAUGUGCAAAUGAUCCCAGACUGCAGAGACACUACGUGAACACAGGUCAUGUAGCUGAUGUCUUUGCUGCUCAUCACAACAAGUGCCAUACACACACAAAUGUCCAUUACCUGAAAGUAGUAAUCUGUAUGAGUAGGGCAACAUGUAACGAUUAGGCUUUGAGGCCAAAACUUGCUUAAAGAAUAGUUCACUCCAAAAUGAGAAUUCUGUCAUCAUUUACUCACUCUCAUGUUGUUAAAACCCACAAGACUUUCUUCUUUGGAACACAAAAUAAGAUAUUUAAAAGGA